GCCUCUUUAUUAUUAGAGAAGACAAGAAGAAUAUUUCACUCGAAAUAAAGGAUCAACAUCACCGUAAGAAUAUAAUACUAUACUACACGAGAAACUUCUUUCGACACAGAAUCAAACCUCAAUACAGAAUCUUAACAAUCCACGGUAAAAUCGACAAGAAAAUACAGCAAGGUAAACGCAUGUAUCGUUUUCUUCCUCUUUCGUAUUGGAAGUACGCGCGGCCGCGUCGUCCGCGACACAGUGCAUUUAAAUAGUGUGUGUAGGUACAUGCGAGAGAGAGUUUAGACGAGGUAGGCAGAGGGGUUUCCGGCGAGCGUUAACAGAGUAACAGAGUGAUGUAAUGAGGCCCGGAAGCAGGCAAUUUGCUGGCCGCGGCGGCCGCAGUUGCGCGAGACAACCUGCCCGGAGUACCUUCUUCUUGAUAUCAGGUCCAGCCUCUUCACCAGCCGAUAUCCGACGAAUUCUGUGCGACAACCAGAUCAGCCCAAACCGCGCACGCGCCGUACCUAUCGUUAUCCCGCCAAUCCGAGUCUUCUCGAAAUCUUCGAUUGAUCGAUCCAUUGCUCGUAUCGAUGCCUCAGUGAAAUUUUGCGUUGUUGGAAAAAAAAAUGGCGCGUCGUCGCGCGUCUCGUGUCAAGUUUCUUCCGUUGGAACGCAAAGUGCACGUACAAGCUGGAAAUGGAAGAAAUUAGUGUAAUGCCGAUAAGAGAUGGGAAGAUUGUGAGAAGAUAACGGUCAGAAGUCGAGAAAUACGAGGAGUAUAUACGUAUGUAUGCGCAAUAUUUAUGGAUUCGAGAGGAUUUCGAAAAGAUUUCGAUUCGUCAAAUCAAUAAGAGAAUUUCUAUUUACGGAUCCUUGUUCGAGGAUUAAGUUUCAACGUUGUCACCCAGGAUACUAUGUCACUAUCGGAAUAUUAAUGGAUUUUGAUCGUAAAAACAAUUUCGCGAUUUAAUAUAGAAGGAUAAUAUCGAGUACAGGAAGAUCGUACGAAUCGUGGUGGGCAUCAAUUAUCUACUAUUCAGGACUAGCUGAACGGGACGCGGAAACCGUAUACUUGCGAACCGCCGGAGGUGCACCGUGAUUAUGUGACAGUUUUGUGAACGUGAUUAAAUUGACCUCGAUACAUAGUGGACAUCCGCGCAGUGCGUUCAGUUCCGAAGUGUUUUCGCUGCUUUUCACUGAAUUUACCGUUUUCGACAAUUUCAACAUAUCUAUAAAAAGAACUAUGGUUCGUGCCAAACCUGAUUAAAUCUCCAAGAAAUCUUCAUUCGUUGGAAGAAGAAAUAUUUAUAUUUUUUCCGUUUUAUCGAGAAAACGAUCGAUGGUCAGCGUGUACGGCGUGCAGCUUGCGUUUUAUCGUGGACAUCGUCGUAACGACACCAGGAUUUGUCAAUUCUAACGUGGUGAUUGUUUUUCAUACGAGUGCAAAAAAUAAACGAAUCGUGCGCUAAACCUAAGCUAACCUAACAUAACCUCGAACGAUCGUGUAACGAAGCGUCGACGAGUUCGAUAGGAACGAAAGAAGGCGGAAGGGGCUCUUUGGUGAUGUACGACAGCGCUAGCUGUUCGUACGCAGGUGCGCUCGAAUUAAAAGGGGCCUCCGGAGCCGGAGCCGCGGCAGCAGGAGUAACCGCGGCCGGCGUCAAACAGGAGAAUUGGCCGUAUCGCGGCCUCACCUGCGGUAGCACCUUCCAGAGGCUCAAAGAGAGCGUCGACAAGGCGAAACAAGCGCUCGCCGACCGCGGUGGAUACCUUUCUGGUGCUUUCUCGCCGCCGCCACGUGCCAAUCCAUCCGCCAUUUCGCCGACCGCCUCCAUCACCGAUGCCAGCAGCUCGUACAAAGGAGGCUGGAGCCACGCCACGUCGCCGGCUCCUGGACAGGGGUACGGAAGCAGCUUAUCCAAAUCGGCAUUGGACACGCACACCCACCUCAGGCAGCCUGAUCCCUAUCAAAUGUUCGGAGCGACGAGCAGUCGGCUCGCGAGCUCCGGUUCCGGUCAGAUUCAGCUGUGGCAAUUUUUACUCGAGCUACUGUCGGAUUCGAGCAACGCCGCGUGCAUUACGUGGGAAGGAACCAACGGGGAAUUCAAGUUGACUGACCCCGACGAGGUGGCGAGACGUUGGGGCGAAAGGAAGUCCAAGCCUAAUAUGAAUUAUGACAAAUUGUCGAGGGCUUUAAGGUAUUACUACGACAAGAACAUCAUGACGAAGGUCCACGGGAAGAGGUACGCGUACAAGUUCGACUUCCAAGGUCUGGCGGCAGCGACGCAGCCCGCCGCCGCGGAUCCGGCCGCCUACAAGUACCAAAGCGAGCUGUUCAUGUCCGGUUACGGGCACGCCAAGUUAAACCUCAUGCCGCCACCGGCCGCCUCCGUCUCGGUCUCCGUUCCAGGUGGCCUUUUCCAAUCUGCCUCCAGCUACUGGUCCACGAGCCCGGGCGCGAACCUGUACGCGGGCCACCACACGGCCUCCGGCCAUGUGCCGCCUCAUCUGGGCACCUAUCCGCAUUACGCAUGACCCACCGCCGAGCACUGGAGCGCCCUGGGUACGCCACGUUAACAACUUUCUACUCGAGGGAAUUUAACCGACCGCCGCCAUCGCGGUCUAGCGCGCCGCCGUCGGCCGGUGUCGACCACACCUACGCGUUUCUCCACAGUCUCUUCCUAGUCUUCGUCCUUCUCCGUUUUAAAAAUCGUUUUAUCUGUCCUUUAUGCGACUUUUUUUUUCUAUUUUUAAUUAUUUUUUCUUCCUUCUUUUUUUAGGGGGGAGGGGAGAGGAUUGUUCGUAGGAAUUGUUUAUGGUUAAAUGGUAUUGAUUAAAGAUAGCUUUUUUUUUUUAAUAGUGUUAAAUUAUGUAAAGUAAGAAAAAGUGAAUUUUGGAAAAAGCGUCAUUGGACUGGAUUCGAUAUUUCCGAAAAAAUUGAUUCGUUUUGUUCGUCGGAACAACGUGGAUGUAGAAGAAGUGAAUCCGUUGUUACGGGAUGAGCGGCUAGUACCGGUGAGGGAUGGAAUAAUGGAUAUCUUUUUCGUGUUUUUCUCUGUUCAAAGGCAAGAUAAGUCGUAUUGGAACAAGACUCAUUCUAGAAUCGAAAUCGAGAUAAACGGCAUUUUUCGAGAAAACUUUUUAACUCGGUAGUAUUUAGUAAAUAAUAGCUAUUUAAGAUACACAAUUACACCGAUACAUAUCCAGUUUUAAAUAUUAACCUUCUCCUCUCUUUUUCUUUUUUUUUUUUUUCAAUCUCACUGUAUCGUAAUCUGUACUACUGCAUCAUCCAUUAUCGAAAGAAGAAAUGAAAUCCCUAACGAAAACUUAUCCUUAUCGAUUUCUAUUUAUUUAUUUAUUUAUUAUUUUUUUUUUCAGAAGAAGUAAAAAAAAAUAAACUUUUAAUCUUUGUUAACGUAAUUAUCCAUUGUAUCAUAUAAUUAUUGUAAAUAAGUUAUCUAUAUAUAUUUGUAAAAGUGUCGCGAUCAAAUCAUAAAGUUAUACAGAACAAUUAAUAAAGAUCCUUUCCGUUUAUAAGGAUAUUAUGAUUAGGCGAUGUUGUAAAUCGUGAAAUGUAUCCUUCUAACCUUCUAACAUCGGGGUAUUCGUGGACAGAUUAAACGAUCCAAAAGUAAACAGCAAUACUUGAGAUCUCGUUCCCUUUUUUUGGGGAGGGGGGAAGGGGGGCGGGAGAGGGGGGGAGUGAAUAGCGACCAACGACGAGUAAUAUCGACGACCACGCUGCGCCGCUCCGCUCCAAACAUUUUUUCGUUUCACGGUCGACGGUGCGCUCGAAUUUAUUGUAAGAACAUUGUACAUACAAUAUAAUGGAUUACAAGUAAGUACAGGGUACGUUCGCAAGACGUUAUUCUCGUUAUUCUCGUUUUAUCUCGACGGAUUAUCACCUCGUCGGAUUUAUUGCCGAUAUACAAUAAAUAAUUUUUUCUAGAAAAAUACAAAUUUUCUCACGUUGAUUAAUAAUUUUUAAAUCGACCACUCUAAAUUCUUGUUCUUUUUUUCUCUCUCUCUCGUUAGAAAUUUUUGAAGAAAAUAUUAUUGAAAUAGAUUUUUAAUACCCUGGAAAAAUUAUCCUCGAUUCGUUCUCAAAUCUAAUUAUCCACGAUAACGCCGCGAUAAACCGCGUGUCGAGAAUUAUCCCGUCCUGAAAGGACGUCGCCUUGUACGCGAAUAACAAACCGGCGUACUUCCGCUGAGAAAUGUCGCCGUUUCCGACUGGAUGGAAUCGAACAUGCGCAUUUUAACGAGGCAUAUAUCCUCGUUUAGUGGCGCGAUCGAACAAUUUCGUGAACGGUUCGUCGAACUGUCGAUGAUAACAAUGAACCAACCAAUCAACCACCCACGCGCAUACACGUACAUACACACGCACAGAUACACACAUACGAAUCCAUAACGAUAAUCGACAUUCAAAAUAAGCUUGAUCGUUCUACGCGAGAAAUGUGUACAUGUUCGAUUCGGGCCAAGAGCAAUGCGUGUAUUAUAAACUCUUUUAACUUAUUUGUUACGGUAACGAGUAACGUAGAUAGAGGAACCGCAUGUCGUCGUUUUCUGGAAAGAAUAAAAAAAAAAAACGCGUAUACACACACGUUCACAACGAAGUAAGACGAAAAGUACGAUCGCAGUAAAUUUCCAAACGGACGAAUCGUGCAACCGUCUCGGUUCACCCGGUCGUGUAACGACGCGACUCUUCGAAAAUCUUGGAACAAAAUUCGUUAAUUUCGAUCGAAAGCCUAUGCAGAAAAGCAAUUGAAAAACGAAUGUCGUUUAAAUCGAAUUACAACACGAUGACAAAGACAAUCAUUGAAUGGAAAUAUUCUUCUUAAUCUUAACUCGGCUCGGGAAUUCUUUGCAACGUGUUUUUAACUUUGAAAGCGGCGUAGAUCCGAAGAGGUAAUUCGAGAAGGCCUCGUUGGCCGCGAAAUCGACACCAGAGAAGGCAAUAAAGCGUAAUGGACGAAUACCGGGUGAACGCGAAUCCAUCGAUGGAACCGGAAGCACGAGUCGCGAUUAUCGAGAUUGAUAAAGUACAACGUCGAGUCAUAUCAAAAAACGGAACGUACGAGAUCCGCGUUCACCACAUCGAUUUUCAGUCGAUAAGUCGGGAGAUGCGGUCGCUCUAUCUAUGCACGGAACACAGGGGUAGGUCUCCAAUCGAUUCCUAGUUAUCGACCGUGGAUUCUUAAAUUAAGACAAGGUUAAAUAAAACAAAAAAAAAAAAAAAAGAAAAAAAAAAGAAGGAGAAGAAGGAAAGGGGAAAAAGUGGAACUUACCCCUCAUUGUGGAAAGGUGUACCUCUGUCGAUGAAGCGAGUAACUCCUUAAGUCGUAUACUGUAUCAUACCAUUCGUAAGACAUAAGCAAACCUUAGAAUUAUUCUAACGAUUAGACGUAAUAAACUGUCGAGCGUUCCUCGGGGUCGACCAAAAAACUGACGAUCGUUCUUCUCUCUCUGGGACGGGAAAACGACGUUUGUCCCCGUCCGAGUUUUUCUUCGUCUUUUUUCCAGAAAAAAAAAAUAUAUAUAUAUAUAAAACGAGAGCAAAGAAAAAUAAGAGUAAAAGAAAAAGAACAGAAAAGAAAGAAGUAAUAAUAACAAUAAGCUGACUCCGUGGAAUGUCGAUUGGCUCUAAUGUAGAUAGGAUGUUUUCAUGUGUAGCUUAGGCGUGUAGAGAAUAUAGUCCUUAGCGCGAGAAUGUAUACAUUGGAUACAUGUAUGAUGUACGGUGUUCCUAGAGUAACGUUUCUCCUUCCUAUAGUUUGAUAUCAUUGCAAAUUUAUAUCUACUUUAAUAUCAUUACCUGCUUUACUUAUUUUUAUAAACACAAGUAUCCCCAGAAAACUUUACAAACGUUCAAUUAAGUAGAAAUAUCGUUACGUUAACCCAGGGAACAUCGUAUCUCGGUCUGAUGCGUCCUGUGUGAUCCCAUUGUACGUGCACGUGUAUACGUAUGUAUGCGUGUGUGUGUGUAUGUGCGGACGUCUGCGUGAUAAAAAAAGAGCGAAAGAAAGAACGCAUGAGAGAGCAGGAAGAUUGAACAAAGGGAAACGAGAAUCGCGUACACGUAUGACGAGUGACGUGAGUGAGUGAUGUAAAGAGGAGUGGGCGUGAUUCGAGCAAACUGGAAUACUAGGAUGAUAAUAAUAAUAAACGAUGACGAUGACGACGAUGACAAUGAUGGAUGAGAGAGAGAGAGAGGGGUGUUUGGCACUAGCAUAGACCGCGUUAGGCUAGGUAGAUAAGCGACCCCUUCGAUAGAUUAACGGAAAGGAAACGAGUUUUCGUCGAUUCGAAAGAUCGUAAGUUGACAAAAAAUCGCGAAAUAUAUCGUGGAAGCGUGUGUGGAUGAACGAGGAGGCGAUGUAAAGGUGGAGAAAGAGAGAGCGGAUGGGUGGGAAGGGGCGCUGUUGUUGUUCUUGUUGUCGUGCGCUUGUAUUAAAGUCGCCAUGUUCUAAUUAAACGUGCCGACGGGGUUGUAUCAGUCGUCGGCAAAAUCAA